AUGAACCCUCAUGUUCCUGGUGGCAUGAUCUAUACACCACUCAUGAGAGGAAUCUUGCCCUUCAUCAAUGGGGGCAUUUCUGGUAUGAUUGCAACCACUGUUAUCCAGCCCAUUGACAUGGUCAAGGUGCGUUUGCAACUCAUCGACAGUAGCCAAGCGGGUGUAUCGAAAUCCACGCCACUGAAAGUGGCGAGGACAAUUCUCGCCCAGGGCAGAAUCCUCGACUUUCACGCCGGCCUUUCCGCUGGUCUCGUCCGUCAGGGUAUCUACACAACAUCCAGGCUAGGGCUCUUCGACAUGUUCAUAAAGCACCUGCCGCAAAAUCACCAAGAACAAAAAACAGCCAUCACAUUUUCAGAGCGCUAUGGUGCCGGACUGCUAGCAGGUGGCCUUGGGGCUUUUCUAACAAACCCAACAGACCUCGCCCUAGUCCGAAUGCAGUCCGAUGGUCUCUUACCAGCUGCUCAGCGGAGUAAUUGUAAGUCAGUUGUCGACGCCUUGAGAUCCAUCACUAAGGAGGAAGGCGUUCAGGCUCUUUGGGCUGGAGCGACACCAACUAUUGCCCGAGCUAUGUCGCUGAACCUAGGCCAGCUCACGUUCUUCUCCGAAGCCAAGGCCCGGCUAAAGACGCAGACCCAAUGGCCGGCAUCUACGCAGACCUUGGCUGCUAGCGCUAUUGCUGGCUUUCUCUCUGCCGUUGUUGGUAUCCCUUUCGAUUUCGUCAAGACGCGGCUGCAGAUAUAG